GUUCCUUCCUUGCCACUACUCUCAACGCCUCCUGUACGCUUACUCGAGCUCGCAACUGCGUUCGGCACUAAGGCACGAUUGGCAGCUGUGGUAAUUAGUACAGAUCUUUUUCAAGCACAACACUCACGGCGUCUUCUGCCUAGAUGUGGCCACACCUGAUCCUUCUGAGAAGAUAUUGUCGCCUUAAUUAUUUUGUAGGUUUUUGAGUUUCUCAAGGAGCUUGGGUGGAAUUGCCGUGACAAUGUCUUGGUUCACUUCACGGCUUGUCUAUCGCGAAUUACCCGAUCAAGAACCAGACGCUAUGGCCAUUCUCGCUGAUUAUACACUGGUCCUGCCCAAGAAUACUGGAGUUCAGGCAGCGGUAGACCGGACCAAAAGCGCAAAGGUCCAAAUGUACGGAUUAGAGGCCAUCACUGAAGGGGAUUAUUUCUUUGAUGCAUCGUUCCCAUGAUUCAGGAAGUGUCUCACCUAAAAAGAG